AUGGUUCUAGGGAGUUCAACGAUAGAGGAAACAUGGCAACAAGAGAAGUGUGCUCUCGCUGAGCUCUUGAGGAUCUGCGACUCCGCCAGGAUAAGCAAUCCGGUGAUUUCAAGGGCCACGUCGAUUCACUUGAUGCGAGGGGCUGUUCGAGCAACCUCGCCCCCUUCUGUUACCAAACAGCUUCUCCUCCCGUCUUACGAAGUUGGGUUUUCCAUUUUCCACGGGUCCAAGCUACGCAAAUGGAUCUAUCGCUGUGAUCAAUUCUUCAACCUCGACAACACCCCUCCUGAACAACGUGUUCCGCUGGCCUCUAUACAUCUUGAGGAUGAGGCGCUUAAGUGGCAUCACAACUUCAUCUCCGAGAUAUACGGGCUCCUUCCUUCCUGGUCCGAAUAUGUGGUUGAGAUCUCGAGCCGUUUCAGCGGUAUUUUCAAUGAUCAUAUGUCUGAGCUGGUUUCGCUGAAGCAGGGUAAUGAUUCUAUUGAGGUGUACCACAAAAAAUUCGAGAGUGCCUAUACUCAUCUCGUUCUCCUUACGUCUCAUGCUCAAAGCAUUUUUCUCACGAAUAUGCAACCGCAUCUGUUGCUCCAUGGUCCGACUACAGCACCACUGCUUCCCCUGCCCGACACUUCGAGCCCAGCUAAAUCUGGUUUCAUCCCUCGCUCAAAUGAGGAGAAGCUACCUCGCAAAUUCAGUUACCAGGAAAUUCAGGACCGCCGCGCUCAAGGGCAGUGUACGUUCUGUGAUUAUGCUUUUACACAUGGGCAUCAACUCAAGCAUAAACGCUCUCAUAUAUAUGUCCUUGAAUGUGAUGAUGAGGAUGAAGAGGAACUGCCUCUGGCUGCAGAAAUCGUGACAGCCACCGAAACUCCUCCAACAAGCUUUCCAGAUCCCAUCCCUACCAUUUCUCCAACACACUCAGCGGUUCAGCCACAUUCAACUAACUUCCCGGAUAUCCAAGUAGCCAAGGAGCUCGGUUGUCGCAUGGAAGCAAUGCUCCCCAUGUCUGUAGCAGCUGCGAGCGGUGACUUGGUGACUCACUACAGGUACUCGGAUUUCUGUUGGAAAGUACAAGGCCACUCUUACACCUCUGAAAUUCAGACACUUCUCUCCAAGGCUGCGUGUUGGUUGGUGUUCAAUGGCUCGCUCCUUUAG